GGGUGCCCUGGCCAUGCGUGAACUGAUGCUGAUGACAUUCACAUGUAGCUGGGAUGCCUGAGUGGUUUAAGUUGCUCGGAGGGUCUCUGCAGAGACGCUGGAGGAUGCGAGGAGGACAGAGACGCAUUUCAACACUGCCAGACAAAUACUUUUGUGGCAUUUCCUGUGUUGUGCGCUCAGAGGGAAAACUUCACGGAAACAUACACGUGAUGAGAGUGUUAGACGAGGUAACCGAUAAGAUGGUGGCCAGGGAAGCGACUGGGCACAGCUACCUGGUGGCUUGCUGGCAGCCCAUUCUGAUCCUGAUGCUGGGCACUGUGCUGUCUGGCUCCACCACAGGCUGUCCAUCCCGCUGUGAGUGCAAUGUUCAAGAGCGCUCUGUGAUGUGCCACCGCAAGAAGCUCAUGACAGUUCCUGAGGGCAUCCCUGCAGAAACAAGACUGCUGGAUCUGAGCAAGAACCGCAUUAGAACCAUUAACCCAGAUGAGUUUGUCAACUUUGCCAACCUCGAACACCUGGAGCUCAGUGAAAACACGAUUUCCACUAUUGAACCCGGAGCGUUCAACAACCUUUACGGCUUGCGGACAUUGGGGCUGCGUAGCAACAAGCUUAAGCUGAUCCAGCUCGGUGUCUUCACAGGCCUAAGCAAUCUCACACAGCUGGACAUAAGUGAGAACAAAAUCGUCAUCCUGUUGGACUAUAUGUUCCAGGAUUUGUACAACCUUCGAUCUUUAGAGGUAGGUGAUAACGAUCUGGUUUUCAUCUCCCACCGGGCUUUUCAUGGCCUAAGUAGCCUUGAGCACUUGAGUCUCGAGAAGUGCAACUUGUCCUCUGUGCCAACAGAGGCGUUUACUCACCUCCACAGUUUGAUCACUCUCAAGCUGCGUCAUCUCAAUAUCAAUGUGAUACGGGAUUACUCCUUUAAAAGGCUCUAUCGGCUGAAAGUGCUGGAAAUAGCAAACUGGCCAUACUUGGAUACCAUGACUCCUAAUUGCCUGUACGGAUUAAAUCUCACCUCCCUGACAAUUGCAAAUGCCAACCUGACCACAAUCCCUUAUGUCGCCCUGCGCCACCUGGUUUAUUUGCGCUUUCUUAAUCUUUCAUAUAAUCCUAUCCAUACCAUUGAGGGGAAUAAGCUCCAUGAUCUUCUGCGUCUGCAGGAGUUCCACCUGGUGGGAGGCAGACUGGCAAUGAUUGAGCCCUACUCGUUCCGUGGUCUGAACUACCUGAAGAUUCUAAAUGUGUCUGGUAACUCUCUUACCACUUUAGAGGAGUCUGCUUUUCAUUCAGUCGGCAACCUGGAAACCCUCGCCUUGUAUGAUAAUCCCCUGGCCUGUGACUGCCGACUGUUAUGGGUUUUCAGGCGACGCUGGCGACUGAACUUCAACAGGCAACAGCCCACCUGUGCCUCUCCCGAGUUCGUGCAAGGCAAAGAAUUCAAGGACUUCCCAGAUGUUCUGCAGCCAAACUACUUCACAUGUCGCAAAUCAAGGAUUAGAGAUCGCAAGCCCCAGCAGAAGUUUGUUGACGAGGGAGCCAUUGUUCAUUUUGCUUGUCAAGCAGAUGGAGAUCCUUCUCCAGUGAUAAUGUGGCUAUCCCCACAGAAAAAGUUCAUCACCAGCAAGACAAUUGGAAGGCUCUCCGUGCUGCCAGACGGUACCCUUGAGGUGCGCUAUGCCCAGAUUCAAGACAAUGGAACAUAUGUCUGUAUAGCUAGCAACGCAGGCGGUAAUGACACCUCCCUUUCUCACCUGCAUAUCCAUAGCUACUCGCCCGACUGGCCACACCAGCCCAAUAAGACGUUUGCCUUUAUUUCCAACCAGCCCACAGAAACAGGUGCUAAUGGCACAAGAGCCAAUGUCCCAUUCCCGUUUGACAUAAAGACGUUGAUCAUUGCGACCACAAUGGGCUUCAUCUCUUUUCUCGGUGUUGUCUUGUUUUGUCUGGUGCUGCUCUUCCUUUGGAGCAGAGGAAAAGGCAACACUAAACACAAUAUUGAGAUCGAGUAUGUGCCACGGAAAUCCGACGCUGGCAUGAGCAGCGGCACAGUGGAUGCUCCUCGCAAGUUCAACAUGAAAAUGAUUUAACGGAGGUGUGGAAUUUACUAAUUUUGAACUUAACGAUAAGAAAAAUGGAACAGAAGACAUUUUCUUUCCUGUGGAUCCUGGUCUGUCAACACAGAGUAAUAUGUUUUUCCUAACCUGAAGGACUAGAGAGGAGUUUCAGUUCCUGACUUUCACAAGUGAGAGGGAAUAAAAGCUCACCCAGUACUACAGGGCAUUGGUGGAUUCUACAUGGCCUGUGGGGGCACUGAUUGAACAGCAGAUUUGACAAAAGCGGUUCAUAUUUCUGUGGAUUUAUAUAGGGAAAAAAUUUAUCAGAAAAGAAAAAGACUUCAAACAGCCAGAAUGGAAGGGGCAGAUCAUAGUUUGGCCAUCGCUUUUUUUGUCUGUAUUUUUAAUUUAAAGUUUGUUUUUUGUUUCAAAGGUUAGAUGUCAAGUUAUGAAAGAGAUGUGUAUGGGUCGGUGAGCACAUUUAUGCCACUUGGAUGCAUUACAUCAUUACAAUUCAUUAGUGUUUCAAUAGUGAAUGCUAUGUGCUACAUAGGGUCCAUUUCUUUCUUACAGUGAUGAUUGUACUGUGAUCCAUCAAAUGUAUAUCUCUGUCACAGUACAUGAUAAACUCUGUUGAAGUUAUAUUCCCCAGCAAUUUGUAGAAAUACAUGAGUUAGUAUGACACAACAAUAAUUAUGGGAAAUACAAAACUGUCGUAUGUAAACUGCAACUGUAACCAUCUUGUUAAGCAAAAAAGUAUAGGGAAUGGGACUGGAUACAAAAGUUUACACCUGUCACAUGCGUCAUGCCCUUUUAAACUGGGGGGCACAUGCUUCACCAAAUGAUUUAAUAUCUUAUUUUUCUAAGUUAUUUUUUAUAAUAUAGCAUAAUAAGAAAUAUAGAUUAUACCUCAAAAAGUCACACACUCCAUGUCCUUGUCUUAUUGGGUUAUUCCUGCACAGGGCUUUGUUGCAAAACAUUUUAGAAGACAUAGGCUACAGCUCAAUGGUAUUUUGCUGUGGUGCUUUGUUAAGCAUAAAUCAAUUCUUCAAAUUUGCAUACAAAAUGCAAUUAGUUAUUCACACUUGACUGCAUUUGAGAAAUGUUGCAUUGUUUGCCUUGCAAGAUAGUUAAUAGCCAUCGCUCAAUAUGGUUGUUUAGCCCUCUGGCCUACUAGCUAGUCAAAUGCAAUAUAGCAUUGGUAAGAGCUGUCUCAAGCUUGUGGACACCACUAGAAAAAACACCGUAUUCCAUGUGAUAUCUUGAGGUGAAGAUGCAGAGGAAAAUAGUCAUUCUUAAGAAAAACGUCAAGACAUUAGCUUAUGCUUCAGUCUAUAGGUUCACAGUGAAGGCGGGUUGUGUAGUGGACAAGAUUUAAAUCUUAAUCAAUAAAACUAGCAGAUGUGUCAAAGUAUCUCUUUAAUUAAACAUAACGGCAGAAUAAAUUGACAUGGUAAUCUAAAUCUAAAUAUUCAUAAAUAUUUAUCCUGAAAUCAGUUGGGAGUUUAACAGCGCUCUUAAACACAUUAAGUGAAAUAAUCCAAACCAAAAGUCUAAUAUAUAUAUAUAUUGUCCAUAGCCCAGCUCUAAAUGUGCCCCCCCGGUAUUUUGGCUUGCAUGACGCUCCUGACACUGGCCAUCAUGUGACCUGAAAAACUGAAUGAUGUACAAGAGUAAGUGCUCUGAAAAUGUGUAGAUUCAGUGACAUGGGGAUGCAUCAACUCACCUUUACUAUGAAUACCAUUUCUCCAUACAGCACAAUAAGAUCUAAAAGUAUGUAAGAGUAAUGACGUUGUUAGAAAGGUUCAUGUUCAUGUUUUAGUUAUGAAAAGUAGAGGAAAGUCCAGUUGUUAAUGUAAGACUUUAACAUUGAGGAAAUGCUCUGAUGUAGCCUUUUGAGCCCUGUAUCUGAUCAGAGUCACUCCCCCUCCAGUUCUCAGAUGCAACCGGGACGGUACACACUCAUAGAUUGAGAGCAUGAUACAGAAAGAACUGUGAGAGGUUGUAGAUAUGAUUUGUAACAACUUUGUAACAAGAAUAGAUGCAACAUCUGUCACACAGUUCAGCCAUCAAACUGUGUGGUUGGCGUUGGUUCCUUGAUACUAUAAAAGCUUAUCCCUGACCUUUGAAAUUGCAUUAAAAAAAACGAUUAUGUAAUGGUAUUAUUUCGUGCUCAACGUGAUUGUGAGGAAUACAAGUCAGGGUGCCAUUGGACACAAUGUGCUCCUCAAGCUGUAGAAUAUUUCCUUUCGUUGUGGGGUUAUUUUUCUUGAUUGUUUGAUGAAAUCAGUGAUUUACUAAUGCGCCUGCCCCCCCCCAUUAAAGCCAUGGAAAUAUUACCCACCAGGAUCAUUUACAGGUUUGCUACUCCCCAUGAAAUGUGUAUUGUUUGUGAGGGGAAAAAAGAACUGCCACAUAUUAAGCUCCCAGUUGGUCCUGCAUACGCAAAACCGAUGUUACAGCCUUACCUUCACAAGUACACACUGUGGACUGCUGGGCUUUGCAAACGUGUGUGAGGAUAAAGGCUAGGUCAUUAACCAUGGAUGACAUUACAGACAAUGACACAGUAAUGGCCUGGAACUAUGGACUGAUAUGCAGAUGGUUGGAGGGACGCAGAUGUUUUCACCCAAGGAGCAAUAUGAAGCAGCUUUGGUGUAAUCCGUUUUGCAUAAAGGAAAAAAAAAACAAGACUGGAUAUGGCUCAUGGUUCUCCCUCUUGCUGAUAAUGAAUGCUCUCUUCGUUCAAAGUGUGGCUACUGUACCUAGCCUUUUUUUGGUCCCGAGUGAACCCGGGAUUCUGUUUUUUUCUUUUCCGUUAUUCUUUUUUUUAAAUUUUGACCCUGGACUAUAUUGACCAUGUAGUUCGAGCCAACUUUUUACAAAAAAAGAUACUAAAAAAAGAAAUCUAUGGAAAAUACAUUUAAAUUGUUCUGUGCAAUAAAGGUAAUAUGCAGAUUUUUUUUUUAAUUAACAAAAUUUUGUUGAUGUUGAAUUGUUGAGAAUAUGGUAUGUUGUAUUAAACAAUCUAUGGACUUUUUUAAACACAUUAUGGUCCUAUCUUGAUUUAUGAAAGCGAAAUUUAGCGCUUUGCCAACCAAGCAGAAACUAAAGUCUAGCUGAA